GACCUGCCCAAGGUCACCCAGCAGGCCAGUGGUAGAACCAGGACUAGAACCCAGCUCUCCUCAGUCACAGUGCUCUUUUUGACUAGGCCACCCAGCCUUUUGUUUGCAGUGGUUUUACCAUGAGUGUCUAUCCAGCGUCCAGUUAGCCAUUCCCCACUCAUGUCCCUUUCUUUUAUUGCAAAAAAACCCCCUCAGAUUUGUGACCAGCAGUAACAUCAGGUGGCUGCUGGAGACCCUUCCUGAUGUGCUCAAGGGCAUAUGCUGUACUGCCCUUAAUAACUGGGGGACUGUGGCAGUUCUGAUAAAGCCUUGAGCAAGGAACUAGAAUAAAACUUGUUCUCUUGGCAUGCUCUAGUGCAGCUAUCAGCAUUGGGUAUCUCGCCCUCCUAAUAUUAUCUUCUCUGGUCUUCACUUGAUGUAAUGUGGGUCAUCAGGGGAGAAAGCACUAAGAAGAAAACUCAACAACUGAAGCUUGCUCACCUGGCUUUGGUUAAAACCCUAACCCUUUGCUGGAGUGAGGUAUAUUUUACCAUCACACAAGUUUCAUUAUGGAUAUUUUCAGAUGAAAAAGUUGAGAGCAGUUUUCAUACCCUUUCUCCAUCACCAAGAGGUGCUGCGCUAGGUCUUUGAGCUGUAUUUCUGUUUAUAGCGGCCCUCCUUUCUUUACUACUUCCCAAUUGCACUGAAAAGACAUGGCAGAGAGGGACAUUGCACACUUACAUAGCUGCACUGGGGUGUGUAACGUUCCUUUUUAUGUUUAGCUGCACUGUUGGCAUAUACAAAGAGAAGAAACCGAGUUAUCUAAGAUCAAUAUUUGCUGGAACAUUAGAGAUAAAGCCUUUUUAGAAACAGUAUAGCAAAGGAGUAUUUCCAUUUUAAACUAACACUGACUUAUAGCCAAAGCUGAUGGGAGUGAUAUUUUUCCUGUACAUGAUUUUAAAAUACCUUCUUCCUUUUUAUGUUGUCUGGUUCUCUGCAAAAACACAUGUACUCAGUGUCUGUGCCUCACUCCUCAGGUGUUCAAAUGGAUUUGUUUUUUAGGAAGCAAACCUUUUUAUCCCAUAGGCACUCCAUGGCUUUAGAUCCUCUACCAUCAAUCUUUCCCCACUAGGAUUCUCACCUGCCUAUUACAAAAGCAUUUUAACCUCUCUCUACCCAAGCCCCUCACCUAAUUAGUAAGUUAUUCAGGACCCUUGCCAUGGACCUUGGCUCCUUACCCAAUUAAAAGUGAAAAUGUACUGGAAUAUAAAGCUACCAAUUGCAAAGUCUCAAACUAUUAUUUGUGCUGUGGCUGCCACACAAAACCUUCAUAGUCCUGAAUUAUCCAAAGCAGGGAGUUUGGCAGAAGAAGUUCCUAAGAUCCCACAGGUACAAGCACAGAAUGAAAGACCCCAGAGGGCACCUCUGAUUUUCCAACACCAGGUUUAGAAAUGAAAACAAGUUUGCCUUGAUUAAUCUUACCAUUAUGGGACUUAACAGGCAAGGUGCUUUCUGAGGGAGCUGCUAGGGCCCAGACUGUUUAUAGUUUUAAAGGUCACUAGAUCUUGAAUUGCAAGUACAGGCAUUAUGUCCCUAACUCAAAGUGUUUAAGACUGUGGUUAAACUUAUGAAUUGUAGAUAAAAUUAAGCACCUUUAAGUACUUUGCUUGAAUUGGAAUUUAUGGACCAGAUCUUCAAAGGCAUUUAGGCACUUAACUACUAUUCCUAAAUGCCUUUGAAAAUCUGGGACUAUAUGCCAGGGGUGACCAAAUUUACUGACCCUCAAGCCACAUGUGCUAACCUUCCCAAGUUCAAAAGCUGCAAGACAUGUACAACCUGCCCUGCAGGGCAGUGCCUACUGGGGUGCAGGACUUCACUCUGACAUCCCCCUGUGGAGCUAAAACCCUGAGACCCCCCCAUAUCUGCAAGGCAGAAGCCCUUAGCCCCACCAUUCUGUUGCAGGCCAGAAGCCCCAAGCUCCCCUGCCAGUCUGGUAGAUGGAGAAUUGAGGGCAUGGGGCAGGGGGGCCCUUAGCAAGCCACACUUUAACUAUAAAAGAGCUGCAUGUGGCUCAUGAGGUGUGGUUUGGCCACACCUGCUAUAUACUAACAGCUUCUUAUCACAUCAUCUUUAAAAAUACAUAAUUAUGUAUAGGUGGUUCCAGUUAGAGAUGAUCAAAAAAUGAGGUUUUGUCAACUGUUUUUUCCUAAGACAAAUGUCAUUUGAUAAAGUUUAUCUAUGGAAGACUUCACAACAAAAUUAAAAAAUCCAGCACAUGAAAAUCAAAAUGUUUGAACACAAAUAAAUGAAAUUAAAAAUUAAAUUAUUUUUUUACACUUUUUUCCUGAGGAAGAAGGGGAGGGGAAAAAACUGGUAGUGAGGUGGAAACCUCUCAAUCUCCCACCUUCCCCCUCCUGUGGCAGAAUGUGAAAAGGACACAUUAAAAUGAGUUUUGCGACCUUUAUUUGUGAAAGUUUGUUUUUGUUUUAUAUUAAAACCAUUACUCAUCUUACGUAUUUUUUGCUGGUGAAUUAAUUAAUGGGGUGAUUAUUACAAGCAAAACCUAAGUACCUGAGAGAAGUUUUUUAAUCAGUCUGUUUAAACUUUUUAGGUUUUAGCCCUAUUUAACUCCAGCUUCUGAUAAAACACUUGCAAGAAAAGGUCUCCUGGCUUCUCGCAGUCAGAGGUUUAGAGACACCCCGAGCAUGAGAUUGCAUCCCUGCCCAUCUUGGAUAAUAGCCCCUGAUGGACCAAUCCUCUAUGAACUUUUCUAGUUCACAGAACCCUGUUUGGAACCCUGUUAUUCUUUUAGCCACCACAACAUCCCAUGGCAAUGAGUUCCACAGAUGGAGCAUUGUGUGAAAAAGUAUUUCCUAAUGUUUGUAUUAAACCUGUUGCCUAUUAAUUUCAUCCGGUGACCCCUAGUUUUUGUAUUCUGGGAAGGAUAAACAGUUCUCUUUUUCCAUACCAUUCAUGAUUUUACCAACCUCUACAAUAUUCCCCCUUACUCAUCUCUUUUCUAAGCAGAGCAGCCCUAAUCUUUUUAUUCUCUCUUCAUAUGGAAGCCAUUCCAUAUCCCUGAUCAUCUUUGUUCCCUUUCUCUGAACCUUUUCCAGUUUCAGUAUAUCUUUUGUGAAAGGGAAUGACCAGAACUGGACACAGUAUUGAAGGUGUAGGGACACCAUGGAUUUAUAGUGGCAUGAUGAUAUUUUCUGCCUUAUUUUCUAUCCCUUUCCUCAUAGUUCCUAACAUUGUUAGUGUUUUUGUCCAUGGCUGUGCAUUUAGUUCAAGUUUUCAGAGAAUGAUCCACUGUGACUCCAAGAUCCCUUUCUUGAGUAGUAACAGCUAAAUUAGAACUUGUCAUUGGGGAAAAAUAAUUCCUACUUUAUACAAUGUGUAUUACUUUGCAUUUACCAAUGUUGAAUUUCACAAUUCAUGUCAUUGCCCAGUUACUCAGUUUUGUGAUAUUGCCAUGUAACUUUGGCAUCAGCUUUGGAUCUAACUAUCUUGAAUAAUUUUUUAUCAGCUGCAAUUUUGUCACUUCAUUGUUCAUACCCUUUUCCAGCUCGUUAAUGAAUAUGUAGAACCGCAAUGGUCCCAGCAAAGAUGCUGUUUCCAUUGUGAAAACUGACUAUUUAAUCCUACCCUUUAUUUCCUGUUUUUAAGUAGUUACUGAACCAUGAGAGCACCUCCUCUGUUAUCCCAUGACUACUUGGUUUCCUUAAGAGCCUUUGGUAAGGGACCUUGUCAAAGGCUUUCUGAAAACCCACCACGGAUCAGAAUAGCAGUCCAGCUAGUCUAGUAUCCCAUCUCUGACAGCAGCCAGAAUCCUCCAGAAGGCAUCUGGGGAAUAAUCUACCCCCUACACAGGUUUCACCUUGAUUGCUAGAGUUUUCAGGUUUGAUACAGUCUAUGCCCAAGUCACUCAUGUUUCUCAGAAGCACUAUGCUGGGAAUUCUCCUUAUCUGCAUUCUCUGGACAGAGACUAUUAUGGCUGGAUCUAGUUUUUUAAGCCCCGAAUAUCAAAACACACAGCAACGAAAGGAUCCAAAAAAGCAUACAACAAAGUUAAACCGCCGAGCUGCAGAAGGACUUUUGGAUGCAGAUGCAAGGCAGAUAGAAGGAGACAAUGAAAUAGAAAUUAAGCUUAAUGUUCCCUUUGAAAUUGGUGUCAAGAUAACAGAAGACCAGUACCAGGAGUAUGGACAAGUGCUGGAGAAGAUCCUGGAGGACAUUCUUGCAGAGGACACUUUAGAAACCCAAAACUGGCACGAGUUGAAACAUGAAGAUGUUACAAACUGAUUAGAGUACAACAAAGUUCUGCUCAUUGGCUUGGAUUGCUUUAAAUCUUGCUUUACAUUGUGCAAUGGAUGAUAAUAGCAUGUGUUAAAAGACAAAUGCAUGAAGCUGAACAUUUUGCAGUUUUAAAAAGGACAUUUUGUUGUGUAACAGGUCUUUGGAUGAGGUUGCAAGUAGUACAGAUAUGGUAGACAGAUAGCUGCAAGCAAGGUCAAACACACUGAAAUCUAAAUGGUUCUUACCUUUCAAACCUAUGCGACUGAAGCUACCUGUUCUAAAAGUGAGGAUAAACUCUGUUAAUCUACCAUGUGCUUCUUGCAGCAGAAAAUAAAGCUAGUGUUGAAA